AGUUGUUUAUGUGGAUACGACGUGUUGUUCCUUGUCAAUGGCGAAGGUUAUUGCUUCUGCAUCUUUACAACAAUAUUUAGAAGCUUCAAUUCGGGAUCAGAAAGCGAAAAUGUCUUCAGGGUCUCAUUCCAACGCAACUUUGCAACAUUUCAUAAAACAGACUUGUUCAUCAUUUUCUCAGUGGCGUCCGUGGCAACAGCGAAUUCUGUUGUGUGGAAUGACAAACAGGUGUUCCGUUCAUCAGCUAGAGCUACUAGCAUCUGCUUUGGAGCCGAUCUUUCACAGAGAUUUUGCAACCGCUUUGACAGGCUCCUACCCAAAGUCACCGUUGAGACAGAAGAUAAUUCCCGGACAGAAGCAUAAAACUCUGGAAAGGUUGAAAACAAGCGACAGUGCUGCAUACCAAUUAGACAAACGGACGUUUAGUCGUUCUCGUUCUCAGCAUCCAAGUACUAGUAGAAGUCUGUCUCGUCGAUCUUCAGGGACUGGGAAUCAACCCAGACCUUAUAAUGAAAUAACAAGAGAUUCUGAGAGAGGAAAUAUUUCUGGGUCUAGUGCAUCACGAAAGUUGUCUCAAACAAGACGAAUUUCCGGUGGGAGACAAAAACAAUUUCAAACACUAAAAUCUCAGCUACCAACAUCAGAAGAAAUAACUUCAUCCACAGUUCAAUCCUUAACAACACUUAGUCCUUCACGUGUUGUGUCAGCUGACAUUAAGAGUAUCGAUGAGUGUCCUAUUGCUUCAUCAGAAAGUUGUGACAGAAAUUUAAGGCUUGUUGCUUCUAGCUUUGAAUCUUUCAAUAUUCAUUCUGAAAGUCGGACAGGAGAGUCUAAGAGCAACACUCUAGCUUCAUCACUGCACGCAGAGUCUCUUGAUUUAAAUCCUGUUUCAGCUUCUAUGCUUCCAUUGCGAGGAAAGUUAGCUCACAAUCAUUUACCAUCUUAUGCAAGUUCAUCCAACGUGUCUGGACCUAAUGCUAGCACAAAAAGUUACUUUGCAUCACAAGACAGUCGUGAUAAUUUUGCAGACAUACGAGGGAAGAUUAUGCCUACGUUGACUAAACUGGCUAUGGGUACAUAUUUUUUAGCUCCUCAAAGAGGGAGGUUGGCUGAAAGGUUUAGAUCACAACUUCAGGAAAUAUGGCAGUACUUGGAGUCACUGGAUGACCAACAGCAUGCUGACAUUCUCCAUGCUCUCAUUAAGAGCAGCGAUCCAUCAUUGAUCAGUUUCUUGUCAUAUUGUUUGUUUCAAAGACUUCAUGAUCAUUCAAAUAUUGACUCUUUGCCUGAUGCAGUUCUGCAACACGUUUUUUCCUAUUUGAACAGUUAUACACUAUGUCAUUGUGCACAGGUGUGCAAACGUUGGCGUUACUUGUCACUACUUAGACCACAGUGGCAGCAGAGGUUGAACGAUUUGGGAUCAUCAAAAGGUGUGCAAGAUUUGAAUAAGGCACUGGAGGAGGGAAGUAAAGACAGACAUAUCGACUGGAGAAGAGCAUAUCAAGAAAUGUCUACUGUGAAUUGGCAUGACACAAGAGCUGUUAUGAAUCAGACAAACAGCAUUGGUGAGGAUUGCGGUGAUAGAAAUGGAAGUGGGUUAUUGACUGACUUACUUUCUGUUGACAAUGCUGAUCUUGAUUUGCGGACUUUACUUCUUAUUGCAAAAAUUAAUGGCAUUGAGGAAGAGCAGAUGCACACUUCAAGUUUACCUGUACCGAAGUUCGUACAAGUUGAUGGCCAAGAAUUGUCACCAGGGAAUGCUUCCUCUGCUUCAUCACACAAAGAAGGCAGUCUAACUGGACAAAGAUCUGGACCAAACAAGAAAGAUAGUGUUAUGAAAGCAGGAAAAGAUGCAGCUGGGAAUGAGAAGGGAAAACAUAAGGGAUCGGAUUUCAUUGUACUUUUUAGAAGUGAUGAGAUGAAGCAGGCUAAGACCCAACAAAGAAGUACUCCAGUCACAACUAAGAAAGUCGAGAAGCCAAAGCUUUUAUCUAUAGCUUUGGAUGUGAGACUACCAAAGACAGCAACAACGCAUCCCUGUGGGUAUUGCAUUCUGGGUUUGGCUGGCAUUGCCGUUGAUGACGAGGAUAGCAACUACAUGCUGUCUUUGCUUCGUAAUGAGGUUAUAGAUGUGAGAAAUGUUCGAAGAGUGGAGGGUCAUGCAGGUGUUGUUUCGUGUGCAUCUUUUGAUAUUCGUCGUCUUAUAACAGGAUCCUUGGACAGAACAUUGAGAGUGAGUGAUAUUCGCAGCGGGAGGAUUCUUGCAAUUCUGGGGGGUCAUAAGGGUGGAGUUCACUGUGUUCAGUUCGACAACAAAAAGAUUGUUACAGGAUCAUGGGACAUGACGUGCAAAGUAUGGGAUGCUGUCAGGUUUGGAGAGUUACGUACUCUGACUGGCCACAGAGGUUACGUGUCAGCAAUGAAGCUUAAUGGAGACAUACUAGUAACUGGUUCACAUGACAGAACUCUCCGUAUCUGGAAUACAUGCAAUUGGCUUUGUCAACGUGUUAUCAUAGCUCACGACUCAUAUAUCAAUUGCCUUGAUUCCGAUGGCAUGCAUUGUGUCAGCGGCUCAUCAGACAGGACACUGAAGUUGUGGGAAGUUGAAUCCGGCCAAUGUCUUCAGGUGUUUUCUGGACAUAAAGACUCCGUUCUAUGUUGUCGGAUGCAAGAGAAGCUUCUGGCAAGUGGAUGUGCUAGUGGUUCUGUCUACCUUUGGAAUUUUUCUACUGGUGAAAACCUUGUACAGCUGAAUCACGCACACACUGGUGCUGUAUCUGCUAUUGUGUUCAAAGACACCAGCUUCUUCACAGGAGGAAGUGAUUGUCACAUUAAGGAGUGGCAUAUGGCAUCGUGUUCAUGUGUGAGGUCUCUGCAAGGCCACACUGGCUCGAUAAACACAUUGGAGAUUGUUAAUGAGAGGUUGGUCAGUUGUUCUGCCGACUGGACAACUCGAAUCUGGGAGACAAAUCCUCCGGUGCUACAGCUAGGGUCUAUGUACACUGCCCAGCACUAUGACAACAUAGCAGUUAGGAAAGUUAUCAGCGAAACUAAAUCAAGCAAUGAAAAUAGUAACGAUUAGAUAUAACACACAUCAUUACGACAUGUACACAUAGUUAGAGU